GAAAAGAGCGUUCGGGGAUCCUCAAUGUACAGGCCGCAGUAGCGCUACCGUUGGAAAAUUAACAAUAAUAAAUUACGACAGAUUCGAGGGGAUCCGAAACUCUUCAACGCUCCGAAGGCUGUCCCGGAGUAGACACUUUCCUCCCAGAUGCCAGAUUCACAGAUUUGCUUAAUGUUUGCGAUGCUUCUACAUGAAGGGAACUACUGUCAAAUGUGAAGUGUUGUGGAACAGUCACAGAUAAUGGAUCAAGGUGGAGGGAUCCUGGAGCUUCACAAGGAUUUAAAAAUGCCCCAUACAAUGAUAAUGCCAGAUUUUGUUGCAGGGAUGGGAGGCAUGGCCCACAUUGACGGCGAGCACAUUGUGGUGUCGGUGCCAGAGGCCGUGAUGGUGUCCGAUGUGGUGACAGACGAGGGUAUCAUGUUGGAGACUGGCCUGGAGGCUGAGGUGGUGGAAGGGCCUGACAUCUGUCACGAGGACGUCAUCACCACAGAGGGCGUGAUCAUGGCCGAGUCCAUCCUGGGGGCCGAGGUGGCCAUCCAAGAGGCUCUGGAAGGCACGGCUGACCUGAUCGUAGAGACUGUGCCCGAUCAGGUGUUUGUGGCUGAGCUCAUGUCGCCUCACGAUCAGAGCCCGCUGGACCAUGAGCUGGUGUCCGCAGAGGUCAUGGUGAUGGACACGGAGACGCACGACACCAUGCCAUCCGACGUCAGCAUUAAAGCGGACGAUGAGGAGGAGGAUGUGAAGAGCACUUCGGAGGACUACCUCAUGAUUUCCCUGGAUGAGGUCGGGGAAAAGCUAGACAUUGGAGGCACGCCUUUAAAGAUCAGUGCAGAUAUGGUCCAAGACGACGACGGCUCCAAAGAGGAUGAGUUCAGCUCUGAGGUCAUUAAAGUUUACAUCUUUAAGGCAGAUGGAGAUGAAGAUGUGGAAAUAGGCAGCACAGAGGUGGUGGCAGAGAGUGAUUUUCCUACCGGGCACACGGCGCUGGAGCCGGCGGGUUCAGGCAGGCUGUCCAGAGAAAAGAUGGUCUACAUGGCUGUAAAGGACGUCAGCCAAGGAGACGAAGAUAUCAACUGUUCGGAGAUGACUGACCAGGUGUAUAUGGAGGUCAUAGUUGGGGAGGAAGAGGCUCCUGCUAUGACUGAAGCGCAGCUGGAAGACGCACCGGUCAACAAAACCUUUGUUCCUGCCACCUGGGCGACUGCUUAUGGAAGCAGUGUAGAAAGUAAGAAUGCUGCGGCCACUCCGUACCUACAGAUCACUGACAGCAUCAGCACAAGCCGAGCACUUAAACAAAAGAUCAAGAAGAAGAGGAGAGGGGAGACGCGCCAGUGCCAGACAGCUGUGAUCAUCGGUCCCGACGGACAGCCUCUGACCGUCUACCCCUGCCACAUCUGCGGCAAGAAGUUUAAAUCACGCGGUUUCCUGAAGCGCCACAUGAAGAAUCACCCGGACCACAUGUUCAAGAAAAAGUACCAGUGCACCGACUGCGACUUCACCACAAACAAGAAGGUGAGCUUCCACAACCACCUGGAGAGUCACAAGCUGAUCAUCAAGAGCGAGAAGAUCCCGGAGUACACCGAGUACACGCGCCGCUAUCACGAGGCCAGCCCACUCAGCUCCAACAAGCUCAUCCUGAGCGACAAGGAGCCCAAGCUGCACAAGUGCAAGUACUGCGAGUACGAGACGGCCGAGCAGGGCCUCCUCAACCGCCACCUGCUGGCUGUGCACAGCAAAAACUUUGCACAUGUCUGCGUUGAGUGCGCCAAGGGCUUCCGGCACCCGUCGGAGCUCAAGAAGCACAUGCGGACGCACACGGGCGAGAAGCCCUACCAUUGCCAGCACUGCGACUUCCACUGUGCCGAUCAGUCCAACUUAAAGACUCACAUAAAGAGCAAACACGGCACUGACUUGCCCUUCAAGUGCGGCCACUGCCCGCAAGCCUUCGCCGAGGACAAGGAGCUCCAGAGGCAUACGGAGAUCUUCCAGGGCCAUAAGACUCACCAGUGUCCACACUGCGAACACAAAAGCACCAACUCCAGCGACUUGAAGCGUCACGUCAUCUCGGUGCACACCAAAGACUUCCCACACAAGUGCGACGUCUGUGAGAAGGGCUUCCACAGACCCUCUGAACUGAAGAAGCAUGCCGAAACGCACAAGGGGAAUAAAGUACACCAGUGCAGACACUGCGAUUUUAAGACGUCGGACCCCUUCACGCUGAGCCGCCACAUUCUGUCCGUUCACACCAAGGACUUGCCGUUUAAGUGCAAGCGCUGCAAGCGCGGAUUCAGGCAUCAGAACGAACUUAAGAAGCACAUGAAAACGCACAGCGGUCGCAAGGUUUAUCAGUGCCAAUACUGCGAGUACAACACUACGGACGCUUCGGGUUUCAAACGGCACGUCAUAUCCAUCCACACGAAAGACUAUCCGCACAGGUGUGACUAUUGCAAGAAGGGUUUCCGUCGGCCAUCGGAAAAGAACCAACACAUAAUGCGGCAUCACAAAGAAACCCUGCUAUAACGCUCUUUCUUUCAUCCCCAAAACAAGCUACAGGUGUCAUUCACAGCCCUCUUAUUUAAUGUUCUGCUUAUGUGUAAAGAAACAUAAAUCACAGCUGAGGUGGGUAGAAGUGGCUAACAGUAUGGUCUUGGUCACCUCUCACGGUCUUUGAAGCAUUCAUUCAGGGUCUCAAAAGCCUAUAUUUUUAUACCCUCUUUACUUAAAAGCUGUAAGCAAACCGCAUCCUCUAUAUGAAAGGAGUAGUUCACCCAGAAAUCAAAAUUGUCAUUAUUUACUUGCCCUCACGUUCCAAACAUCUUCUCUGGAGGAUAACAGAAGUUUCACAGAAUGUCCUUGCUGCUGUCUUUCGUUAACCAAUAGCAUCUGCUGACCAGUCAGGCUUCAAAAAGGAUGAAAAAGCACCAUAAAGGUGUCAGAAAAGUUGACUUUGUGCACUUUACGGACCGUUGAGAGCACAUAUGUAUGUUUGCAUGGCAGCACAGUGAUGAUGUGCCCCAUGGAGGAAAAUGAGUAAAUGAUGACAGUUUUUCUUUUUUAUGGGUGAUGUAUUCCCGGUCAGAGCAUCAUUACAGACAUUAGUCAGGAUAGACUGCAUACUGAAUUUCACAAAACAAGGCUAAACAUGGAGUCUUUAUAAUGGCAUGAGAUCGCAUGUCAUUUCAAAGCUGCUCAGUGAAAUUUUUGCUCUACUCAUCAGCUGUACAGUCAGUAUGUUGUUCAACAGCAUCCUCGCUAAUCCGGCGCUGUCCUGACUAAAGUCUAUCAGGACAAACAUGUUCCUGUUUCCCUCUGCAGUCAUUAAAUCAUAGAUGUAUUUUA